GGGCGACGUCACAUCUCAGCGACAGAACGUUCUCGUAAUUCGCGCCUGCGCAGUAGCACAUAGCUUUGUUGUUUCAUUUCAGUAUGGCGCUUAGCAAAACGUUUGGACAAAAACCAGUAAAAUUUCAGCUCGAGGAGGAUGGAGACUUUUACAUGAUCGGAUCGGAGGUGGGGAACUACCUCCGUAUGUUCAGAGGCUCCCUGUAUAAAAGAUACCCGUCAUUAUGGAGAAAACUGGCAUCAGUAGAAGAACGAAAGAAAAUAGUGGAGUCCUCACACGAUCACGGCUACACUCAGCUGGCCACCAGUGUGACUCUGCUGAAGGCUGCGGAGGUCGAAGAGAUCCUGGAAGGAAACGAUGAGAAGUACAAAGCUAUCUCCAUCAGUACUGAGCCCCCCGCCUACCUCAGGGAACAGAAGGGGAAGAGGAACAGUCAGUGGGUUCCCACCCUGCCCAACAGCUCUCACCACCUGGACGCAGUGCCCUGCUCCACCACCAUCAACCGUAGCCGCCUGGGCCGCGACAAGAAGAGAACCUUCCCACUGUGCUUUGACGACCACGAUCCAGCAGUGAUCCACGAGAACGCCACUCAAUCUGAAGUUCUGGUUCCGAUCCGUCUGGACAUGGAGAUCGAGGGACAGAAGCUCAGAGACGCUUUCACCUGGAAUAUGAACGAGAAGCUGAUGACGCCUGAGAUGUUUGCUGAGAUCCUCUGCGACGACCUGGACCUCAACCCGCUGGCCUUCGUCCCGGCCAUCGCCUCGGCCAUCCGACAGCAGAUAGAGUCUUACCCGACAGACGGCAUCCUGGAGGAGCAGACGGACCAGAGGGUCAUCAUCAAGUUGAACAUCCAUGUGGGGAACAUCUCCCUGGUGGACCAGUUUGAGUGGGAUAUGUCUGAGAGAGAGAACUCUCCAGAGAAGUUCGCCCUGAAGCUUUGCUCCGAGCUCGGCCUGGGCGGAGAGUUCGUCACCACCAUCGCCUACAGCAUCCGCGGUCAGCUGAGCUGGCACCAGAGGACGUACGCCUUCAGUGAGAACCCGCUGCCCACAGUGGAGAUAGCCAUUAGAAACACAGGUGACGCUGACCAGUGGUGCCCCCUGCUGGAGACGCUGACAGACGCAGAGAUGGAGAAGAAGAUCAGAGAUCAGGACAGAAACACGAGACGAAUGAGGCGACUGGCGAACACGGCACCUGCGUGGUAGGAGAAGCAGCAUCAGCACCCCCUGCAGGAAAGGUGCUCGUCUGGGUUGGGGUAUGGCACCGUCAAGGUUUGCAACAUCAGCUACAAAGAAGUCCCUCCAUCGGCGCUGGAAGUCUUUUCUGCUCGACCGGAUUCUCAGUCAGCCGUCACCAUUUAAUUUUUUUAUUUUAUUAUUAAUGUUGGUACUAUGUUCUGUUUGGCAAAGCCCCCAGUAGAAAAAUCCUUCGUGUUUCCCUUCCGCCCCUCGGUGUGGAGAAGCUGCUCUCUCACUUUGACCACUGACUCUCUUUACCUGACCAGAGGGAGAAAAGAAACCACACAGCCAGUCUCAGAUAAUAUAUUGUUAUGUUGUAUUUGUUGUCUUUUUGUACAUUUUAAUAAUUCUUACAAAAUAAAAUAAAAAGUGAAAGAGCUUGAUUUUUCA